UUUGCUCUUCUAUUUGGCUUUCUGUUCCAUUCUCAUCUGUUUGAUUGCAAAGGACAUUGAUAGCGAUCACUUAGCAUUGCUUGAAUUCAAGAAUGGAGUCAAAUCUGAUCCCUCUGGAGUCCUUAAUUCUUUGAACAACACUGUUUAUUUCUGCAACUGGACUGGUGUCUCUUGAUCUCACAAACACAAAGGUAGAGUCACAGCUAUCAACCUCUCCAUGUUGGGACUGGGGAGGAGGGGGGCUUCAUAUCACCCUCCAUUGCCAAUCUUAGCUUCCUCAAAAUCAUUGAGCUUUCCAGCAAUCAAUUCCCCGGCAAGGUCCCCUCGGAGUUUGGCCGCCUGUUCCGGCUGCAGUAUCUGAACCUCAGCUUCAAUGCGCUUCAUGGCAUGAUCCCUGUGAGUUUGGCCAACUGCUCUAGACUGAAAAUUGUCAGCUUGUAUAGCAACAUGUUCACCGGUCCUAUCACUGUUGAGCUUGGUAACACUCUCCUUGAGCUUAAGAUUCUGAUUCUGUCUAAUAAUAGUCUCACUGGAACCAUUCCUUCUUCCUUUGGGAACCUUUCUUCUCUUGUUUCACUCUUUCUCAAGUCCAAUAAAUUGCUAUGGAUCAUCCCUGAAGAACUUGGCAGGCUGUCAAACUUAUUGCAUUUUCAGGUGGCUGACAAUUUUCUCUCUGGGACCAUCCCUACAGUUUUGUUCAACAUUUCAACUUUGGGUUAGUUUAGUGCCUCAACAAAUCAUCUCAUGGGAGCCUGCCUUCAAGUUUAGGUCUCAAGCUUCCUAAACUCAGAGUCCUUCUCAUGGCGAAUAACAAUCUCAGUGGAACGAUCCCUGCUUCACUGUCCAAUACGUCUCUUCUUGAGAUUGACUUUGCAAACAACCGGUUUAGAGGGACAGUGCCUCCAGUUUUCAGUGGGAUGCAUGGUCUUUAUUAUCUGAAUUUAGAACAGAAUCAGUUUGAAGCAAGAGAUGCCAGUGAUUUGAGCUUCAUUGACUCCUUGGUGAAUUGCAGCAACCUGCAGGUAUUCUCUAUUGCAUACAAUGAUCUAGCAGGUGUCUUGCCUUCAUCAAUAAAGCCAACUUCUCCAUACAUAUGAGUCAUUUAUUAAUGGACGAAAACCAUUUCUCAGGUAUCAUUUCUCCUGGGAUUGAAAAUUUAAUCAAUCUGAUUCAAUUGGAUUUAAGUGCCAAUGAUAUCACUGGCCAAAUCCCAGAGCACAUAGGGAAACUUACCAUGUUACAGGUUCUGAAUUUAGCGGGCAACAAGCUCACAGGUUGCAUUCAAUCCAGCAUUGGCAAUCUAACUCUACUGUCAGACAUCAUCUUGUCUUGGAAUAGAUUCGAAGGCACCAUACCUUCCACUAUGAAAAUUCUCAGGCAACUCAGAAGUCUGUCUCUGUCUCGCAACAGUCUUAGUGGGAAUAUACCCGGAGAACUCUUCAGCCAAUUGUUUGCAGUUGGUGACUGUAAUUUAGCUGAUAACUCCUUCAAUAGAACUAUUCCUUUAGAAAUUGGAAGCUUGAUAAAUCUCCAAAAAUUGGAAUUGAGUGGCAAUAGAUUUACAGGUUCAAUCCCUGGGACUAUUAGUGCAUGUGCAGUCUUGGAAGACCUCAAGUUGCAAGAGUUCCUACAGGAUUUCAAGAGUCCCUCUGUUUUGGACCUUUCUUACAAUCACUUCCGGUGAACUCCCUGUAAAAGGGGUGUUUGCAAAUUCAUCUUCAAUAAUCUCAGUUGUUGGAAAUGGUGAGCUCUGUGGGGGUCUCCCACAAUUUCACUUACCUGUCUGCCUUAAGUUCCAUAACAGAACAAGCAAACGAUCUCUAGUGCUCAAGAUUGUGAUCCCAAUUGUUUCCUUUUUGUUGUGCUUUCUCUUGCUCUUACUAUUUAUUUUCUUUUAUCGGCAACGAGAAUCAAGAACCUUGUCUGUUUCGUAUGAAGAGUUUCCGAGAGUUUCAUACAAUGAUUUGGUCAGAACAACAGAUGGCUUCUCUGCUGGUAAUCUCAUAGGAAAAGGAAAGCAUGCUUCUGUUUACAAAGGAAACCUUUAUGGCGUCAACAACACCAUGAUGAUGGCAACCAAUAAAGUCUUCAGUCUAGACAUAAGAGGAGCUUCAAAGAGCUUGCUCUUUGAAUGUGAAUCACUCAGAUGCAUCCGACACAGGAAUCUCAUCAAGAUCAUCACUUCAUGCGUGAGCAUUGAUUCAAAGGAGUGUGUGGUCUCUGUUGUAGUUUUAGGCCUCCCAUGCUGUGUUGAUUCUCCAAAUGAGAGGCUUAGCAUGAGUCAUGUGUCAGAUCAAAUGCAUGUAAUUAGGGACCAUUAUU